AUGUCAGCCGGAAAAAUUAUUCAUCGUUAUUUUCAUCAAUUAAUUCAUGGCUGUGGAAAUAAUCAAUGUUCAAAUAUCUAUUGUCAAUCAAGUUCAUUAUUUAAAUAUGAUAAAACAAUUUUAAAUGAUCGAAAUGAAGUAGCUGCUGAAGCUAUUCGACUUAGUUUAGAACAUGUACCAUUAUGUGUUGAUGAAAAUAUUAUAAAAGAAUAUGAAGAAAAAAUGGAAAUAAAUAAGUUAACAGAAAAUAAUCUUCAAGAAUUAAUUAAUCAUUGUAAAAAAAUUGAUAAUUGGAAUUUAUUAAAUAAAUCAAUAGAAGAUAUUUUUUCAAAUCGAUUAAAUUUAUUAAAUAGUUUUUUAAAAGAAGAUUUUUCGAAUAAUAUUUCAAUUAAUAAAGAAUUUUCAUCAACAGCAAGUGCUACACCAAAAAGUUUUUUUAUACAU